AUGUCGCGGCGUUGCUUCAUGGUGUACCCGUUGCCGUCCGUGGCUGACGAGUCGUUUCUGAAUGUCAUCUUCGACGGCGGGGUUUGUCGCAGCGUAUUUGCGGGAUUUGGGCCGCGCCGCUUUGCCCUGGUGGAGCUGCGGGACGACGCCCGCGCGGAGGCGGUGACAUCCGCCCUGGGGCCUACGCCUUCACCACAUGUGAAUACUCACACUAGUGCCAGCA